UUCUAUUUUUAAGAUGAUAUGAAUUAUCUAAUCUACCAGUAAUAUUGAUAAUGUUGAUAAGGAUUUCGUUUAGAGAUGGAAAGCAAAUUGAUUGGAUUGUCGAAUCACCGGAGAAUGUUACGUUCAGUGAUUUUCUCGAUGCGAUUUAUCAAGCCAGUGAUGACCAAUUGAUUGUGUCAGCGUUUGAGUACGCUGAUGAGGAGGAAGAUAUAAUAACGGUGAAAAAUCAAGGCGAUCUGGACUCGAUGAUUGAAUUUUAUCGAAGCCAAGAUGAAGAGAGAAUAACUAUUCGUCCAAAACUUUGCAAAAAUCCCGGGAAUCGUAACAAAUUUGGUCUCAAGCUUGAAAUUGCGCCGUCAAAACGACUCAUCGCACAGAAUGCUGUUUCCUCGACACAACAAUCAACCUCAAAUUCUUCAAAAUUACAGACCCAAUCAAGCGCAACUGCUGCCCAACAAAACUACCAGCAACAAUACAGAAUUCCGGAAUCAGACAUUGAGGGUGUAAAUGAAAAUAAAAAAGAUCUUCAUGAAAUGGACGGGCUGUCCAGUCGAGCAUUAUCUUACGUAGAAACAUUGGGAAAUGGAAACAGCGGAAUUGUCUACAAAGUAAUUCACAAAGCGUCGAGGAUUGUGAUGGCUGUUAAGUCUAUCGGAAUUGAUUUAACAGGCGAAGAACAGAAUCGAAUAAAGUCAGAAUUGGAGAUUUUAAGCCAAUGUAAUAGUUCCCCGCAGAUUAUAGACUUUUAUGGGGCUUUUUCGCACGAAAAUAAAAUAUUUUUAUGCACUGAAUUCAUGGAUGGAGGUUCAUUGGACCGUUUUGGGAAGAUACCAGAAGUUGUUUUAAAGCGUAUCGCUCACCGGGUAGUAUCGGGGUUAAAAUUCUUAUGGGGGAGAAAAAUAAUGCAUAGAGACGUGAAGCCUUCAAAUAUGUUGGUGAACAGUAACGGACAAGUAAAAUUAUGCGAUUUUGGAGUCAGUCGUCAGCUUGUGAACUCAAUUGCUAAAACUUAUAUCGGUACGAACGCCUACAUGGCUCCCGAAAGGGUCGAAGGUUUUGAUUAUACUUUUUACUCGGACAUUUGGAGCUUGGGGUUAUCCAUAUGUGAAAUGGCUACAGGGGAAUACCCCUACCCAGAAUUAGCUAUGAAAAUUCGAAGCUCAGGAGGGGUGGUACCGAUGGAAAUUUUACAAUGCAUUGUAAACGCAGCCCCGCCUCAAUUACCAACGGACAAAUUUUCUUCUCAAAUUGUCGACUUCGUUAACGGCUGUCUUCAAAAAGAAGCGAAAUCUCGCCCGUCUCCUGAUGUUUUGUCCCAACAUUCAUUUCUUCAAAUCAGUCAAAUUCUCGACCACGAAGAUCAAGUCAUCGCCAAUUGGGUUGAGCAGAAUAAAGCAAAAUCAAAGUAAAGUUGCACGAUGAUGUUUUUCUUACUAGUUUUCUCUGGAUUACCUUAAAUAUGAUUUUAAUUUGUUUCUCAUUUUUUAUAAUUUUGGUAUAAAGUAGGAUUUAUGUUCAAAGCUGUCAUGAUCGGCAAUUCUCAACUAUUCUUUCUGCGGCGGUUUGAACUCUGGCUCUGUUGCUAAAAAGAACCACUGGUCAGGAUAUUUUGAUUCAAAAAAAACAAAGGCCUUUUUUAAAAUUCAGAAAAUCAGAAUUAUUUUUUUUUGCUAUUUUUGCUCAUUAGGUUUUGGCAUUUGUUGUCGCUCAUAAUUUUGCUCAGGUAUGGGUCAUUUUUCCUACCGAGUGAGCGUACAUCACAACGAGCAAAUUCUCUCAAGAUUAUUAUUUUAUCAGAGUUCUUAAAAAAUCUUUACUCAGAGUCUCUUCAUGAUUAUGCAAAUUUCAUAAAGUAAAAUUAGCUUGUUUUAGCCUCCUAAUUUUUUUCGCCUUUUUUUCUCUUAGACUAGGUUUGAAGGCGGGACGAUAACCUAACUUACCCUGAUCUUAUCUAAGUCAUCUUCCCCACUAAUUUUCUGAUUUAUUUUCUUAGAUUAGGUUGAAAAGGGGUUCUCAACCUUUUUAUGUGGCCCAUUUUCUUCGCCUAAAAUUCGUUGACAGCACAUUUGAACCCAUAUCAUACAUUUUCAUCGCGGCGGGUUCAAUCUAUAUGCGGGUGCUAAAACCCAUGGGUUAGUAUGGGUUCAAAUAUCCGUAAAACGAAAAAUAUUUCCAUAGGUGCAAUAGUAUGCAGGUGCAAUUGUCGUGGGUUCAAAUUACGGGUUCAAAUGUAAUGAAACCUAAAAUUCAUUUGGUCCAUCAACUUUUUAUUGCAAAUGAAAAACUACGAGAAAAAAACGAAUUAUUUUUGCAAAAAUGGAUCAUUUCAAUUUGAUAAUUAGAAUGACAGAUACCACUCAGUAGCAGAAAACAGCACGAUCAAUCAUUGGUACUGCAAUCAAAAUUAACAGUAGUGACACAAAUCAGAUCAUCAAUUUUUGAUUGUUUCGUGGCCUAACUCGAAAUCUUUCUGCGGCCAAGGAGUGGGCCAUAGCUCAUUGGUUGAGAACUGGGGACCUAACCUUAGACAGACAUUAGACACUUAUUUUCUGAUCUGUUUUUUGGGCUCUGUUCAGUAGUAGUAGAAUGACAUGACAGUUUCAGGUUAGGAUAAGUUAGGUUAUCACCUCGCGUACUAAGUCAUCAUAUAUGCACUUGCUGUAUAUUUGCUAUACAAUCACUUUUUCUAUAUUUUCGUUUGUUUUUUUGCUCUGAAUCCCCCCACAGAAUUCGAACGUUCGAAUCAAGCAGGGUAAUCAGAGAUGCGCCGGCAAGCGUAUCCCUAACACUCAACACGAUGCGCCACACCGUCAAGCUCAACUAAUCACUGCCGAUAAUUUAUUCCAUCUCUCCCCCUCUUUAGUAACUUGACAGAUUUGAAAUUAUCAAAAUAAACACUUUCAAUGAAUUUUGGACAACAAUUAUAAUUUUUUUGUAAUAUAUUUUAAAGUGUUUGAGUUGCAGCUUAGAUUAUAGUGCCCUUUUAUGAAUUCAAUUUUUAAUAUUUUACCCUAAUUUAAAUAAUGUAUUUUUUAAUUUUAUUUUCGUUGUCAUAUGCGAAUAGGAAAGUAUACAAUGAUAUUAUAAUUUAUAAUUGUUUUAAAAAUUAUGUUCAAAAUCACUUUUUCAUUUUAAUGCUUUAUUAAUGAAUUUAUUUUGCCUUAAAAUGCUAGGUCAUGUUCUAGAAUAAUGUAUAAAAUUACUUUCAAUUUGAAUGAUUUUAUUUUGCCUUAAAACAUUGUAUGCCAAAUUCAACUUAUAAAAUUUAAAGUUGAUCAUUCCAUAUGAAAUAUGGCAAAUUUUUCGCAGUAAAAGUAGAAGUCAAAUCAAAAAUUGGGGGCUCCCGAAGUAUGCGAACCAAGAUGGCGGACAUCGGAAUGUAAUAUGUGUACUAGGUUAGGGUUAGGCCAUAAUUUUAGGUAUAAAUACUACGGGAGGCUCUUGGCUAGUCUU